UGUUCCCAGUUUCCCAAUCACCUCCAACUCUAACUCUGACCAGACCACAACACAGCACAACACCCUCUCUCUGUUUUGGCCUAUAAAUGAACCUUCCAUUCCAACUGUUCUCUCUCAUCCUCUUCCUUCACACUUUCCCAACACCACCAGAGAUAGAGAUAGAGAUAAAGCUAGAGCGAGAGAAAGAGAAGAGUUACCCACGUACAUUUGCAAUUGCAAUUUCAGAGGGGUAGAGAGAGAAAACGAUGAUGAUUCUGGGGAUGAAUUUCUUUGUCUCUCUGUUAGGCUUUAUUCUUCUCCAUAUUUUGCGAGACAGGAGCAAGAGAAAUCGCCAAAAGAAAGCUACUAGUAGUACUGCGUUUGAGAUCCGGGGCAACAAUAGAGAAUUCUGCCCGGACAAAUCUGACGUCAUCAUUGUCGGAGCUGGGGUUGCCGGUGCCGCACUCGCUCACACCCUCGGAAAGGACGGACGACAAGUUCAUGUGAUUGAGAGAGAUUUGACAGAGCCUGACAGAAUUGUUGGUGAACUGCUACAACCAGGUGGAUACUUGAAGCUCAUUGAAUUGGGCCUUGAAGAUUGUGUGGAGGAAAUUGAUGCCCAGCCAGUAUUUGGAUAUGCUCUUUUUAAAGAUGGCAGAAGUACUAAACUGUCAUAUCCCCUCGACAAAUUUCAUUCUGAUGUGGCUGGGAGAAGCUUCCACAACGGGCACUUCAUACAGAGAAUGAGGGAAAAAGCUGCUACACUUCCCAACGUACGUCUUGAGCAAGGAAUAGUGACAUCCCUGAUGGAAGAAAACGGAGCAGUGAAUAUGAUAUGGCGCUUGUAUCAGAUACCACCUGAGGUGCAUGAUGCUUUUAUAGCUGCAAUUGAUAAAGGAAAUAUUAAAACAAUGCCGAAUAGAAGUAUGCCGGCUGCUCCCCUUCCUACCCCUGGAGCCCUUUUAAUGGGUGAUGCUUUCAACAUGAGUCAUCCUUUAACUGGUGGAGGAAUGACUGUCGCACUUUCUGAUAUUGUUGUAUUGCGAAAUCUUCUUAAGCCGUUACAUGACCUGAGUGAUGCAGAUUCUCUAUGCACAUAUCUUGAAUCAUUUUACACCUUGCGCAUGCCAGUGGCAUCCACAAUAAAUACUUUGGCAGGAGCCCUAUACAAAGUGUUCUAUGCAUCCUCUGAUCAAGCAAGUAAGGAAAUGCGCCAAGCAUGUUUUGACUAUCUGAGCCUUGGAGGUGUUUGUUCGACUGGACCUGUGGCUCUGCUCUCUGGUCUAAACCCUCGCCCGCUAAGCUUAGUUCUCCAUUUCUUUUUUGUGGCUUUAUAUGGUGUUGGUCGUCUGUUGCUACCUUUUCCUUCACCUAAAAGCAUGUAUAUUGGAGCCAGAUUGAUUUUGGGUGCAUCGGGUAUCAUUUUUCCCAUCAUAGAGGCUGAAGGUGUUAGACAAGUGUUCUUCCCUGCAACCAUUCCAGCAUAUUAUAGAGCUCCUCCUCUAUCUGGAAGAAUGGAAGAACUCCCCAAAAAUAUGUAA